AUGAAAAGGACAAUCAUGUUGUGGAAGAUGUCCCUGUUUGUAGGAAUGGCUGUGCUAGGCACUCAUAUAUGGACCAUUGACAAAGAAUUUGUAGACAUUACUAAGGAUCUAGAUUACUUUGUCGCAUCAGUGGAGUUUGCUGUGGCUCAGUUUAAUGAUAACAACCCAGAAGAAAAUACAUACAGGUUGCUUGAAGUUGGAAGAGCCCAGAAAAAGACAUGGACAAUGAUUUUUUUAAUGGAUUUGGAGAUGGGGCGCACAAUUUGUAAGAAACAUGAUAAAAACAUGGAUAAUUGCCCAUUGCUACAAGGCUCAGGAGAACAAAAGGUUCACUGUGUUUUCCAAGUAGAUGCUCGACCUUGGUUUUCCUACUUCUCCAUCCUGAAUAGUAGCUGUGUGCCAACAUAAAGGGGACUGGGGCUCUGGCUACACAUAGUAGUCUCCCUUCCUUGGGAGUGUGGCUAUCUGUAGUCCAAGGUCUGUGCAGUGCUAAUGCAAUAAAAAGCAUCUCGCAGCAUCUUCUGAAUCUCUGAGAAAGGCUUAGGAUCUUCAGAAUUGUCUACUUGCCAUGGAUACCAUCUUUGAUGAUAAGCAAUUGGUGUGUGUGUGUGUGUGUGUGUGUGUGUGUG